UGAUUUAAACCAAUCGUAUUAGGGUUUAGUCAACACACCUCCGAAUGUUGUUGACAUUGGAGUCGUACGUAUUAUAAUACAGAAAGUGAGUGUGGGAAUUAUCAGGUACAUUCAUUCAUACAUAUCAGCGUUUGGUGAUUUCAGCGUCGUGAAGACUGAAAAUCGAUUUCUUUUUUUGUAUCAAUCGGGAAUUCUUUAAUUGUGUUUUCACAGCCGUUUUGUUUGUCUUAUAGCCUAAUGUAUAAAUUCUUUCGUCAUUUAAAAAGAUUUAACAGAGGAUUAACUUUAACGGGGACUAAAGUUGAUCGGUUACUCCAUUCAGUUUCAUCAACAUGUUUGAUUCGAACGUUACAUGUUUGCAACCGAAUUUCCUCGUGUCCCACUCCAGUGUCCAGAAAAUUACACGCUCGCCUCGUCAGCAGUUUGAUACACGAAGCUCUACAAUUAGAAUAUUCUGAUGCUGAGUGGAAUACAGACCAAUUUGAAGAGAGACUUUUUGAAAUUCUUGCAGAUUCAAAUGGAAGAGUUUCAGUUGCCAAGUUUAAAUCUGUGCUUGCCUUCUCAGGGCUGAAAGACACAGACCCCAGGCUGAAGGAAUGCAUGAACAAUUUUGAAAAUGUCCUUUCUCGUUACGACCAUGAGAACAAAAGUACGGAUCAGUACGGAGGAUUUACUCUGGAUAAAAAGGCAUUCAAAGAAUGCAUCCAGGAUAAUAUUAUUCUGAUCAGUAAGGCCAUGAAAAAUGACUUCAUCAUUCCUGAAUGGCAGGGCUUCAAACAGGAGAUUGACAAGAUAUAUAGAAACUGUCGAAACAACACAAAUGGAACGGUAGCUUCUUAUAUUCCACAACUAGCAAGAUACAGUCCAGAUUUCUGGGGAGUGUCAAUUUGUACUGUUGAUGGCCAAAGGUAUUCCAAUGGAGACACAAGUAUUCCCUUUUCUAUCCAGUCCUGCAGCAAGCCAUUAACAUACUGUAUGGUACAAAGUACUGGUUCUGAUGAGAACAUUGAACGGAUUCACAAAUACGUGGGUCACGAACCCAGUGGGAGGAGCUUCAACGAAAUCUCACUUGAUUAUCAAAAUAAACCACACAAUCCCAUGAUUAACUCUGGAGCCAUCAUUGUCAGUUCUCUUUUGAAGCCAGAGUUGUCUCUCCCUGAUAGAUUUGAUUGGAUAUCAAAGAUGAUGUCCAAAAUGACAGGGGGAGAAUAUCUAUCCUUCAACAAUGCAGUAUUUUUAUCAGAACGAGAAACUGCUGACAGAAAUUUUGCCCUUGCUUACUAUAUGAGAGAAAACAAGUGCUUCCCAGAAGGGACAAAACUACAUGAAGUAAUGGAUUUCUAUUUCCAACUGUGUUCCAUAGAAGUGACCUGUGAAUCGGCCUCGGUCAUUGCUUCCACUCUGGCCAAUGGUGGCAUCUGUCCGAUGACGGGGGAGAGGGUCUUCAGUUCUGCUGCGGUCAGGAACACAUUGUCACUCAUGCACUCUUGUGGAAUGUAUGAUUACUCUGGGGAGUUUGCCUUCAGGGUUGGACUUCCAGCAAAAUCUGGUGUAUCUGGGACAGUUCUACUUGUGGUACCAAACGUAAUGGGAAUCUGUUUGUGGUCACCACCUCUUGACAAGUGGGGAAAUAGUUGCAGGGGCAUCCAGUUCUGUCAGGAACUCGUAAACGUGUACAACUUUCAUAACUAUGACAAUCUGAAGCACACAGAAAAAAAGAUGGAUCCAACUCGCCACAGAAUGGAUUCUAUUUCACAGGAUGUUGUAAAUAUAUUGUUUGGGGCUUUCAAUGGAGAUGUAUCAGCACUGAGGAGAUACUACUUACUGGGGUUAGACAUGAAUACUGCUGAUUAUGAUGGUAGAACAGCGAUACAUGUAGCGGCAGCCGAGGGACAGGAAGCAGCUGUCCGCUUCCUGUUGGAGAAAUGUGGUGUCAUGGUUAAUGUCAAAGACAGAUGGGGUUUCACACCACUGGAUGAGGCCAUUAGAUUUGAACAUCCAAACAUUGCUAAGCUGCUCUCUAGCUACAUGGAGAGGAUUGAUCAUCCGGAGUCAGAUUAAAUUGGAUCAGCUGGAAUCAAAUGAAAGAGAUGUUUAGCAUCAUUACAUUUGUAAAAGGAAUCUAGCUGAACUACCAUUGAGAAAUGGAACUCCAUAUCAUAUAAUGAAAAUAGAACUCCAGAUCAUAAAAUGAAACCAGGAUCCAAGAACCCUUGCAGAUUCAGAAUUAUAUCAGGUCAUUACUGUAGUCCACACUCUUGCCUGAGGUGUAUUGCCGAGAGAGGUGUGUUUGUGAUAUACUGAAGCUGUAGAAUACUCAACUGCAAUAUUGCAAUACUGGUAUAUUUCACUUUGUAGCAGCAAUAUCAGUACAGUAUUACAAAAAAUAAACUUUCCUAAUCAAACUGUAUUGUUACAGU